CAACUGCUGAAUAAAAAGCUCUGCCUGUUAAAGCAAGACUUGUUUUUCAUCAUGGGCUAUGCAAGUGUCCUAAUCCUGCUGUGCUUUCCAGCCUUGCUUGGAGCUCAUUUUGUGAUAACGGAGAUUGAGGCUUUGAAUCAACAGCCAAGUGUUCGAUCUCCACAGAAAAGAAGCACCCAUGAUGUGAGUGCCUUUGAUGUUGAGGUCUACAGUGUGAAGGUGGACUGUAAGGUCACCUCCAGGUUUGCCCACAAUGUAAUGAGCAGUCGUGCUGUUAACCGAGCCAAUGUGUCUAAAGAGGCAAAUUUCAAAGUGGAGCUGCCAAAAACUGCUUUUAUUACCAACUUCAGCAUGACAAUCGAUGAAGUGGUUUACGUCGGAGUCGUCAAGGAAAAAGAGGUGGCCCAGAAGCAGUAUGAGAAGGCCGUUUCGAAAGGUCAAACUGCAGGACUGGUCAAGGCCUCAGGCACGAAGAUGGAGCAGUUUACAGUUUCUGUGAAUGUUGCUGCUUUUAGUAAAGUCACCUUUGAGUUGACUUACGAGGAGCUGCUGAAACGCCACAAGGGACAUUAUGAAAUGCUCAUCCGGGUCAAACCCAACCAGGUGGUUAAUCAUUUUGAGAUUAAUGUGGACAUCUAUGAACCCCAAGGCAUCCACUUCCUUGACGCUCAUGGCACCUUCAUAACGAAUGACUUGUUACCGCUGGUUCAGAAGACCGUCACUGGAAACAAGGGUCAUAUUUUCUUCUCGCCAACCAUGGAGGAACAGAGGAGCUGUCCUUUCUGUGACACCACUCUCAUUGAUGGAGACUUCAUUAUAAAAUAUGACGUGAACCGGGAGCAGUCAGCUGGGAGCAUUCAGAUCGUUAAUGGAUAUUUUGUUCACUUCUUUGCUCCAAUUAAUCUGCCCCAAAUAUCUAAGGAUGUCGUGUUUGUGGUUGACGAGAGUGGUUCCAUGUGGGGAAACAAGAUAAGGCAGACCAAAGAAGCCCUCCUUGUCAUUAUGGAUGAUGUCCAUGGAGAGGACUACUUUAAUAUCAUAAUGUUUGAUCACGACAUUCGGCCCUGGAAAAAGACCCUCGUCAAAGCUACAUCUGAAAACAUCCAGGAAGCCAAAGAGACUAUCAAGAAGAUAGAACCCAGAGGGAGCACUGACAUCAAUGAGGCAAUCUUAGAUGCUGUAAACAUCCUGAAGGACAGCAGGAAAAUGCAACAGCUUCCAGAAAACAGUGUCUCUAUGAUCAUCCUGUUGACUGAUGGCGACCCCACGUCAGGAGAAGUCAACAAGAAUAAAAUCCAAGAGAAUAUAAAGAACGCCAUUGCUGGGGAGAUAAACUUGUACUGCCUUGGGUUUGGAGAAUAUCUUGAUUUUAAUUUCCUUGAAAAACUGGCCCUAGAAAACUCUGGCGUUGCUAGAAGAAUUUAUGAAAAAUCAGAUGCAUCCUUGCAGAUUCAGGGUUUCUAUGAUGAAGUUGCCAGUCCGCUGCUUUCCAAAAUUCAAAUGCAGUAUCCUGAAAAUGCUAUCACUGACCUGACUGAGAACACUUUCAGGCAGUACUACAACGGUUCAGAGAUUAUCGUAGCAGGUCACAUUACCGACAACGACCUGCAAGACUUUUCUGUGGAUGUCAGUGCUUCAGGGAUAUUAGGAAAACAAAAUUUGAAGCUUGAAACCAAAAUAGCCGAGAAUGAAGAGGCCUUCAAAAGCCAGCAAUAUAUAUUUGGAGAGUACACGGAGCGACUCUGGGCCUACCUUACCAUCGAGCAACUCCUGGAGAAGCGGACAUCUGGAUCUGAAGAAGAGAAGAACAGUACCACAAGCAAAGCCCUGCAGCUCUCCCUGCAGUACAAUUUUGUCACCCCUCUGACAUCCAUGGUUGUGACCAAACCCAGUGAGGAGGACAGUGUUAUGAUAGCCAGAAAGCCCAAUGGGGAAGCUUUGGAAGAAGUGCAGACGGUUCAUCACGAUGUUGGUUAUAGCUUUGGACAUUCUGUAAAAUAUGUUGAUGGAGAUCCUCAUUUCAUGAUUCCAGUGCCUGCAAAAAAUGACAAUAUCUGUUUCAACAUUGAUGAGAAGCCUGGAGUUAUAUUCAAUCUCGUGAAAGAUCCUGUUACAGGUAUUGUGGUGAACGCAGAGACAAUUGGUGAUAAGAAGGUCAUACCUGGCAAAAAGCAACACACAUAUUUUGGGAAAAUUGCACUUCUGAACAACAAGUUGGACGUUAAGAUAGAAGUGUCAACACAAAUUAUUAAAGUUUAUUAUGGUGAGAAAUACACGUACUUCACCUGGACACAAGUGGCGUCACUCAAACAAAAAAGCUUUGAUGUUAUCACAGACAAAGACAAAACUCUAAGGGUGGUUUUUGAAGGAAUGGCCCAGUUUGUCAUCUUGCUCCAUCGUGUUUGGAAACUCCAUCCUCUUCAGCAGGACUAUCUUGGUUUCUACAUCAUAGAUGAUCAUCAGCUAUCCAAACAGACCCAUGGCCUUCUAGGACAAUUUUACAGUGGCGUAGACUUUGAAGUGAUUGAAAUUCAUGAAGGUGAAAAUUCAGACAAACCAGACGCAUCAAUGCUGAUUAAAGGCAAAGUGCUGACAGUGACCAGGGGUUGGCAGAAGGAAUACAGGAAGGACAUCAAACAUGGAGAAGACAUUCCCUGCUGGUUCAUACACAAAAAUGGCACUGGGUUUAUUGAUGGGGUUCCUCGUGACUAUAUUGUAUCGGGAAUAUUUGAAUCCAAGUAAUUUACCAAGUGAAUACUGGAAACAUAAUUAUGUGUGAAAACAAAUUGUUAAAGUUUAUUAGUAUCUUAGACACGCUUCACCUGGACCCAGAAAUGUGAUUCACAGGAAAAUGUUACUGACAUGGCAGUUGAUUCUUAUUCAGUAUGUCACCAAAAGCUCAAUCUAUGGAAAAAAGACUUUUCUCCAAAUACAAAAUGAAAUCUCACAAUUACUAAAA